AUGCUCGUCAAAUCUCUCGUCGCUGUGGCCGCUCUGGCUGUUGGCAUCAACGCCGCCGCGCUCCCCGCUUCGCCUGCUGCCGCCGGCAAGACCUUCAAGUUCCAGAUUGUCGACCCCAAGAAGGGCAAGUGGUUCCUGGCCGACGCCACGGGCGCGGGCACGCAGGACCAGACCAAGGCCUUGGAUUGCCAGCUCGCCGGUACAGCGAAUGACGUCUUGACUUGUGGCGGCAAAGCUUUUGACAAGUACCCCAACUUUGGAGACAUGUUCCAGAUGGAGGCAUCGCAGCCUGUGGCCAGCGGGUCGACGGGCUGGUCGAUUGACAGCGACAACAAGGUGCACUGGAACGCCAAGCCGAAGAUCAACUUUGACAUCGGCAUUGGGUCGGAGACAAACCUCUGGGCAGAGACGUGCCCGGAUGCCCAUGGCCACUGGACGGGCGAGCGUGGAUAUGCCGUGGCAGUGUGGGUGUAA